AGAAAAUGAAACUCCAACCGUCGAAAAAGAGAAAAUUAUCCGUCGAAAGAAACCACAGCUCGGCAAUUCAACCUUCGACCAGCUAUGGCGGACAAGGAUUCAGCUGCUCCUGCUCCUGCUCCUCCUCCUCCAUCGUGGUUCUCUCCAGAACGGUUGCUUAUUAUCUUUUGUGUGAUUAACAUGUUAAAUUAUGUGGAUCGAGGAGCAAUAGCGAGCAAUGGUGUUAAUGGAAGUAGUAGAACUUGUGAUGAUAAAGGGAUAUGCACUUCGGGUAGCGGAAUUCAGGGGGAUUUUGACUUGAAUAAUUUUGAAGAUGGUGUUCUAUCUUCUGCAUUUAUGGUUGGACUUCUAGUGGCUUCUCCAAUAUUUGCUUCCUUGGCAAAGAGCCACAACCCCUUUAGGCUUAUUGGUGUUGGAUUAUCAGUUUGGACAUUUGCUACAGCUGGGUGUGGUAGUUCAUUUGAUUUUUGGUCUAUCGCAAUAUGCAGAAUGUUGGUUGGUGUUGGAGAGGCUUCUUUCAUAAGUCUUGCUGCUCCAUUUAUAGAUGACAAUGCUCCUGUUGCUCGGAAAACAGCCUGGCUUGCAAUGUUUUAUAUGUGCAUACCCACUGGAGUUGCUCUUGGAUAUGUAUAUGGUGGAUUGGUUGGAACCCAUUUCCAUUGGCGUUAUGCGUUUUGGGGAGAGGCAUUUUUUAUGCUUCCAUUUGCUGUUUUUGGUUUUGUAAUGAAACCAUUGCAGUUGAAAGGAUUUGCUCCUCUUGAAUCCGAAAAGGCACCAGCUUCUGUGGGGACCGUUUCUCUAGUAACUGAAGAUUCAGAGGAAUCAAAGGUAACGGUGGUUGGCAAUGAUGCACGUGCCAUGAAUAAAACCUUGAAGUCAGUAGGUGCAUCCAGCAUUUGGAAUCAAAUCUCGAGAUUUUCAAAAGAUGUGCAAGUGCUUUUGGCGGACCAAGUUUAUGUUGUUAAUGUUUUAGGUUAUAUAGCAUACAACUUUGUUAUUGGAGCAUACUCUUAUUGGGGGCCAAAGGCUGGUUACAAUAUUUAUCAUAUGAGCAAUGCAGAUCUGUUGUUUGGGGGGAUAACAAUUGUUUGUGGAAUUUUGGGAACCAUUUCCGGAGGCCUCAUUCUUGAUCGCAUGAAUGCUACAAUAUCCAAUGCUUUUAAGCUUCUUUCUGGUGCAACGUUUCUGGGUGCAAUACUCUGUUUCAGUGCCUUCUGCAUGAGUAGCUUGUCUGGUUUCAUAGCUCUUUUCUCAGUGGGUGAAUUACUUGUUUUUGCAACACAGGCUCCAGUCAAUUAUGUGUGUCUCCAUUGUGUCAAACCAAAUUUGAGACCAUUAUCUAUGGCUAUCUCUACUGUCUCAAUCCACAUAUUUGGUGAUGUGCCUUCCUCGCCACUAGUUGGGGUGCUCCAGGAUCAUAUUAACAAUUGGAGGGAAACAGCACUUAUUCUUACAUCUGUAUUCUUUGUUGCUGCUGCAAUAUGGUUUAUAGGUGUUUUCAUAAGAAGUGUUGAUAUGUCUAAUGAUGAUGGGGAAAAUCAAGGCACAGAGAUCAACAAGCAGCCAUUGCUUGGUGGUAAUGAGGAUGGCAGCUGUUGCGAGGCAUAGAUUUUCAACCCUGCAUUGCAUACAACUCUUGUGCUUCCAAAUGUAAAGAAAAAUGUAGGAUUUCCUUGUACAUGUGUUUUCUGGUUAUCUAUAUAGAAACCAUAUGUAGCUCAAUUUCUCAGGGUAGUAGUUUGCUCCUAUCGAGCAGAGCUACUCUUUCUGCUGUUGAUAUCAAGAAGAGUGGGGAAGAAACAAAGUGAAGUUACUCACACCACUCAAGAGUGGUACCCAUUUUCACAUGUUAUGGUGGAAAACUGGAAGAUUACUAGUGUGGAAUCGUCUGAAGUUGAAAAAAAAAAAGAAAAAGAAGACCUGUAUCAACUUCAACUUGAGUGUAUGACAGUUUGAGUUUCGACAUUUUACAUCACGCCUUCAAUAUCAGUUGCAUGGGGGACUCCAUUUUUUUUUUUCUCUAUUCUACUGGUUUUUUUUUUUAAAUCUUAGGUUGCUUUCUUGUCCUUUAAUUUAUUUUAUUUACAUGUUAAGUACUUUAAAUUUAGAAAAGAUUAUUAUUGAACUAACUGCUCUUUAUUUGUGAUCUUUUCAUGAUUUAAUGUGUAAUAUUUAAAUAAUUAACUUACUCCAUU